AUGCCGUAGAUCACUAUUAUCCCCGGUUGCAUUGUGCCUCGUCACCAACCCCCCCCCCCCGCCAAAUCAGGUAUAGUGGUAUCGCCGACAGCGGGGCAACUGCCGUUGGAGGAGCUGGAGCGGCGCGUGGGGGUGAAGCUACCGGAGGCGGUGCAGGCCCUGCUGAGUUACUGCAAGAAAAUGAUUAUCCCAGUCAGAUGCUUCACCUGCGGCAAAAUAGUUGGAAAUAAGUGGGAGGCAUAUCUUGGCCUUCUGCAAGCAGAGUACACAGAAGGGGAUGCCCUGGACGCCCUAGGAUUGAAGAGAUACUGUUGCCGUCGCAUGCUGCUAGCCCACGUGGAUCUGAUUGAGAAGCUCUUGAAUUAUGCCCCUCUGGAGAAAUAAGCAGUGGGUAGAUGGUUUCAUACUGCAGCCAUAUGGAUCAAAAAGCACCACUAGCAAGCCUCCAGCUGGACUGUUUAAGAAUUAGAGAGAUGCAAGCCAUUCAUACACCAGCCACUGAAGGAUUUCACUUUCCAGCCACUAAUCUCUUCCAAGGAAACAUUUGAAAGAUGAAAUCCACUUACAGUCCAGCACUGGAGUUUAACUAAAGUAUGGAUGGAAGGUUUUUUGCAGCCGCCUGACAGUCAAGUAGGCAGUUUCCCUUUCCUUCAGUCCUUUUAAGAAAUUUUCACCCAGUAACAGUAUUUAAUAAAAAUUUUUAUGAAAUGUA